UAUUAAAUAGGUUUAAAUGGCUAUCAGAGAUAAAAUUGAGGCGAAUUCUCACUCGCUGUUGAAUACACUUUGUUCAGAGCACGUGAAAGAUAAUUCAGGAAAAUCGGAUGAAAAAUUCGAUGUUAAUCCUUCAGUCUUGCAGACGCUAAAGAAAUUACAAAAGAAAAUCAAUGAAGCGUUACCCAGUGUUCGUACUGACAAUUUAAUAGCUCGUGAACUUUUGAAUGGUAACCAAAAUUCUUCGUUUGUUAAGUUUGCAACAGAAAAGUUUGGAAACUUUACGAGCGACGAAUACCCGAAAUUAGAUUUCAAAAUAAAAGUUGAAUCAUCAAUAUCGGUAGAAUCAUUUUUCCCCCUGAGUUUAAAAAAUAAUGAAGACCUCAUGCUAUACGUUCUUGUUCCGGCUCAGUUCUUCUACAAGUCAGAUAUUCGCAAUUAUCGACUGUUUCAAAAAUUGAACCUUGUUUUAUUAGCUGUUCUCGAAGUUCUGAGGAAUGACAAUAUUUUACAAGCAGAUGAUUGGAAAUUGUUUGGAUUCCAGGGCGGACAGUUUGAACCUUUGAUCUUUGAUCACUGUUUUGUCAAGGCAGAAAUAAACCAGCAAUCGCAGCAAAAGAGAAAUCUGUCUCUUAAGAUGACAUGUGUUCCUGAAACUGUUGAGAAGUUCGAUUUGAAAAAAUUGUCACGAGAUAAGAGCAACCUUUCGUUUAGUUAUUUGAAAAAAAGUGUACAGGAAAAUUUGUUACAACAGAAGGAAGAAACACCCCAAACACCAAGUUCUUUGUAUAAUCAGACAGUUUUAAGUUGUCUCUGGAAAAAAAUGCUCAACAAAAGCUGUGUAGAUUUUUACUCGAAACUUCCAGAAGUGUACAAAAACUGCCUCAGUCUUAUUGUAACAUGGACUACCAAGAGCAAUUUUGACCAUCUUCUAAAUAUUGAAGUUUUGUUAAAUAGUAUGAAAUUGUUGUUGUCAUCUGGGAAAAUAUCAGAAACAGGUUCAAAUUAUGAAGGGGUUUUUGAUGCGUUUUCAGACUACAUUAAAUUUCUGAACCAGAUUGUGUCAGAAAAUUUUCGCCUGUCUAGCAAUGAAGAGCGCGGGAUCUUAUUCGUUGAAAGUGGUUUUUGUCCUGGUUUGAAUAUGUUUAGACACUUUUCACCUAUUGACGCUUCAAUUUUAAAAAAGUCUCUUCUAGCAAUGGUUAAUAGCUUCAACGAUUUGGGCGACCAAGCUUUGAACGCCGAACUGUUUGUCGCGGAUCAUGCUAUCUUCGCACUCUAUGAUUUGAUUUUCUCUUUCGGAAUCAAAGAAGGUGGGCUAACUGAUAUGAUAAAACCAGAAAGUCGGCUCACGUACAGCUGUAAUCCCAAGUUAUAUGCCAUUGAGAGGUUAGUGGAAUUAUUGCAUGCAGCGUUUGGUGAAAAAGUUUCUUCUAUUGAUCCAAUAGAAGUACCUGGAAUUGAAUCAGAAUAUAAGCUGAAGGAGAUGCAAGUAGAGACGCCCGAGGAGCCAUCAGCUAAAAAAUCCAGGCAAAGUUCCGAAGAAAUUCUAGAUGGUAAAAUGCUGGUUGUAAAUAUAGGAGUGAAGCUGAAUCCCAAACGACAACCGGAAGCUGUGAUUCGAGGACCGCUGCCGGACAAUAAGAAAGAUGCCGAAAAAUUUCGUGAACUUUGGGGCCCUGAACUGUGCAAAUUGCGACGCUUCAAAGAUGGAACUAUUUGCUACGCUGUAUCAUUUCCAGAAUUUGCCGGUUCGAAACAGAAACUACGCAAUGUCGCUUCGGAAAUAAUCAAACACAUUGUAACAUUUCAUUUGGGACCUGAAAAUAUAGCAUAUUUGAAUGUUGUAUCUGACAAAAUAGAGUUUCAACUAGUUGACAAGCUCAAAAACUCAUACGAUUUAAAAGGAACGGGCGAAGAGGAAAUACAAAGAGGGAAAGAUAUUUUGUCUGAUUUUGAAUCAGUGUUACUGGAUAUUUCUGGAAAAUUGCCUCUUCAACUGAAAUCUGUGACUUGUCUAAACGAUGAUGUGAAUAGAAAUUCGUCUGUAGUGCCUCCUAGCAUGCAACAUGAUAUUACCUGGCAGAAGUUGAUGCCAUCUGUGCAUGGUGUAGUGUGUGUUCCGGACAAAGAAACUCACCUGGCGGAGGGAAACAUUGAACGGAUAAGAAGUGUAGAUAUUCAGUUGAUGCUGGAAACGAAUGAUAAAUGGCCGUCCAAUAAUUUUGAGGCGAUCAAAAGACUGAAAGCGGCUUUUUACUUGAAAAUACAUGAGCUUCUGCGAGAUAAAAAGAUUGCACAUCAAAACAUUCAGUCUUUCGCAACCUUCGACGCUCUCAUAGCUCUGUUCGACAAGCAAGUUUUCAGAGUCAACAUUUUUCAUCCUCCUGAAAUUUCGAUGCAAAUGCGUGAACUGAAGACCCCAAAAGGGGCUAAAUAUUGGGAACAUUCGGCAGAUUCAAGGAAAACUACUCUGGAGCAAGUUUUGCGGCCGAAAUUGCGAGUAAUGCUGGAGGGCUUUGAACAGUUCUUCCCUCAGUUUGGUCCGAUUUGUCGCCUGGUGAAGCUGUGGAUGAGUUGUCAGCUGAUGAUGUUCGAGUUUGGAAAUGUGGUUGUCGAGCUCCUGGUUGCGGCAAUGUUGGAACACUCUUUCAAAAGAGGAGAUGUCCCUUGCUGCAUGCAAAGUGGUCUGCUGGAGUUCUGGAGGUUCAUCUCUACAUUCAAUUUCGUCACCAACUACAUCACACUUCGACUGGAGGACCCAACUGAUAGUCACAAAUCAGAGCAAUCAGACGACGAAGAAGAUGUUCUGGGGAUGAAGUUCGACUUCAACCGAGCCAACUUCCCCCCUCUGACUAUUUUCACUCCUGUCAAAUCAAAUGAGUCAAUAUUCACCAUGGACCUACCGCCUGUUCUACUCACCCGGUUGUGCAAUCUAAGUUCAGCUGCAUUACAAAAAGCGAAUGGAGAUCUUAACAAUUUUCUUGUUCCAGUUAUAGGAAAAAACGCAAAUGACAGUGAUUUUGACGCAUUGUUCACACCUGAUUAUAGAGCGUUUGAUUUGGUAUUGCGAUUGAAAGAGGAUAUGAUAUGCUCGUCAAGUAAUUUUUACCAGAACCGAGAAUCCUUUGGACAUAAUCGUGAAAACUAUUUCGUCGAUAGAGGUAACACUGCGUUUGCACGGAUAGAUCCGAUACCUCUUUACAAUGUGAACGUACCUGAAAUGGUGUCCAAAAGAUUGAAAGAGAAGCUUGGUCACAUAUUGUUGGUAUUUUUCGAUUCGUAUUCAAUUGUUGCCAAAAGAAUUGGACUGAAGUUCAAAAAGAGUCAAAAUGUAGAACUGAAUAAAUGGCUGACUGACAAUCUUGAUCAAGUAAAGGAACAGAUUAAUUUGAUGGUCGGGCCGGGUGCGUUGGACUGUAUGAAAGAGCAGAAGAAAAAUGUGUCGGCAUAAUAAUAAAAAUAUGAAUAUAAA